UAUGGCUAUUGAGGGGAUGUACCUGAAGGCAGCAUCAGUGCUGCAGCCGCCAGCGGAGCCGCUGUGUGACGAUGGUUGGCUGGAAAGACGGAUGGUCAGGGCCGUCCCCGUCUAACCUGAACAUGCAAGUGUAACUAAUUCUUCCCGGUUAUAGUGCUAAACCAGGUUACGCGUGUAUUGAGCUUCAGGUAAUCAUAACACCUUUUAUUUUAAAUAAUGGAGGACGACUGUGUGUGUGAGUACGACUCGACCUGGGACACAGAGAGUGAUGGAGACGACCCGGCCGGAGAUAGCCAAACCCGUCGGUCAAGUCAAGACAAAAACAAAUCUGGCUGGGCUCUAGUGACGUGGCAUCAUACGCCCAGAAACAUGAGGGCAGCUAAGGACAUGCAGAACUAUAGAAGAGGAUAUCCAAAUCUCACAGAUGAUGAGUGCUCAGAGGACAAAAUGAACAAUCUGCAGUUUUAUCUCAAUAAAUUUCCAUCUGCUCCUGAUGAUGUCUACAUUGAGUCAUUUCUUAAGGAAUGGAAAAAUGACUACAAAAGACUUGAGAGAGUUCACUCAUACAUUCAGUGGCUGUUUCCGCUGCGAGAACCAGGGGUUAAUUACAUGGCUUCAGAACUCACCAAGAAGGAAAUUGAGGCCUUCAAGAAGAAUGAGGAUGCUAAAAGGAGACUAGUCGAGUCCUAUGAACUCAUGUUGGGCUUUUAUGGCAUCCGUUUGGUCAACAAAGAGACGGGUGAAGUGAAACGUGCAGAAAAUUGGAAGGAGCGCUUUGGAAACUUGGAGCGGAAUAUGCACAACAACCUGCGGAUCACUCGCAUCCUGAAAAGCCUCGGAGAGCUGGGCUUUGAGCACUAUCAGGCUCCACUCGUGCGCUUCUUCCUGGAGGAGACUCUGGUCAAGAAGACCCUCAGCAGCGUGAAACGCAGCGUGCUUGACUACUUCCUAUUUGCUGUGCUUGACAAGCAGAAGCGUCAGGAGCUCGUACGCUUUGCUUACCUUCACUUUGAGCCAAAGGAUAAGUUCGUUUGGUGUCCCAGAAAGAUCCAGAAACAGUUCAGAAAGGCAGAGAAAAGAUCUGAUGCUGUUGGGAAUGGAGAUGGAAAGGAUGACGUCUGUUCACGGGGUAAAAGCAAAGAUGGAGAAACAGCUGUGCAACAGAAAGAGGACGGACUGGAUAAUGUUGCAAAGGCUCAGAAAGGAACUGACAAUACAGCAACUAAGGACAAAAACAAACCGUCCGAGGCAUCUCCUGAGCCAAAAUCAGAAGCCGAGGCUGUUGGAAAUGGAAGCGUGGAGACUGACGUUAAUAGUGAAGCUUUGGGUAAUGGAAACGACUCUGCAGAUGAUGUUCAUGAGAUGGAUCAGUCACCAAGUCCUGACACUGUGACCACAAAAACCGACCCCUGUGUGGAUGGUGAGCAGAAAUCUACCAAUAACGUGAAGGACACUGUCCAGGAAGCAGACAACAAUAUGCAAACAGAUGGAGACAUAGAAAUUGAAAAACCGCCGAAGAAGAAGCGAGAAGAUAACAAGGUGCUGCCAAGCAAUGGCUCCACUGGGGACUUGGCCAGCGGGCAGAUGGAGGAUAAAGCUGUUGCUAAUAAAACCACUGGUCCAACGAGCCCAUCGGUGCAAACUCCUCUUAAGACUUCAAAACACUCGCCCUCUCUGUCGUCCGAAAGGGAGGAAAAAAUCCCAAGGACUGAUUUUAAUCAAGUGCCAGAUAAAAAGGAGUCAGAGGAAACGCCACAGGAAAACAUGUCGGCAACGAAUGGGUCACUGAUUAAAGCCGAAAAAAGCGCAGAUGAACAGACAAAUGGCAAGGGGUCGGAGGAUAUUGAUAUGGAAUCAAACCCCUCGAGCUCAAACCAAAGCGUGGGGAAUUCAUGAAUAAACUGAGUGACUGAAGAAUAUACAUAUGGAUUAAAAUGAAAUGUAAUAUAGGGACAGAGUAUGACUUAAAGACUUUCUAGGCCUUAUUUCUACUAUAUUUGAUGUGAUAUUGAUUCUUUUCACUUUGAAGGAGUAUAUGAAUUGAUUAAGUCACUAAAUGUGGGACGAGGUAAGGCUCUGUCUCCACGUGGCCAUUCAACAAUAUUGAAGAAUAAGGCUUGUGGUAUUCCAUAUUUUUGUUUGAUUUCCCAACAACUCCAAAUAAUGACCAAAACCAGCAGUGAGUGCUCGAUGCUUUCUGACUUCCCAAUCCGGUCUGUGGCACUCGGCCCGAAGCCUGUGCAGAAACGGUUUCAUUUUACAGCUGGCAGGUAAAUUUUGGUUAAACAGGAGUUAAUGUUAUUUACACCAGCAGGACAGUGUGUGCAGUAAAUCAGUGCCCAAGUUGAUUGCACUGAAGUGACCCGUUGCCAGGCAUGGGCUCAGUUACAUUUUCAUCAUUUUUGGAGGUCUGUGGCAUUCAGAACCAAGCUGUAAUACUCAUGAGUUGGAUAAAUUCAUUGUUGUUUUUGGUCGUUUUUAUUGGAUUUGUAGACAAAAAAGAAAAAUACAGAAUAUUGCCUGACUUAUCUUUAAAGGUAGUAAUGACAGACUGACAGCAGCAGAUAUUUAAUAUCUCUACAAAAUACAUAAAGCACUAUUAUUAAUGUAUAUCAAUGAAAUGAAGGUUUCAGCAUUUUUACCACCUUAGUACGUUGACAUUUGAGGAUUUUUUUUUUUUUUUUUUGCACUGAGAAAUUCAUUGGAAGAGCUUUUUUUUGUCUCUUUGAGCUGUUUUUGUGUGGGUAAAAGCAUUCUGUACUGGUUUGUUUUUUUCUGCUGGACCCUGCUGUUCAAAUGGAAUUAAGACUGAAUGUCAUUUAAGUUAUAUUUUAAUAAUGUUGCACAGUCUGUGUGGUUUCAUGCAGAUUUGGGAAGUAGACUUUUGAACAACUGAAAGCCUUGCCAAAAGAAAAUGUGAUAAGACUGUUUGAUUGUAUGAUAUGUAUGUCAUCUUGGCAGAGUUGAUAAAGCUUUGGUUAUAAUUUAAA